AUGAGUUUGGACCAUUCAUCGGGGUUCUUUGCUCGGAACAAAACGGCCAUUGCGCUUACGGCCUUGGCCGGUGUUUCUGCCGCCGGAGCUUACUAUUACUACACUCAAGUUCAAGGUGACAGUGAUUCAACCAGUGAAGGUAGUUCUAAACUGAAAAAGAAGAAGAAGAAGUCAAAGUCAACAAAGGGGGGGGAUUCUGAAGAAUCUUCUUCUAAUGGGGGAGCAAAGAAAUCUUCCAAUGGUCCAGUUACCAAAUUGUAUCCUGUUGAUUCUAAAGGGUUACCAGCUUUAACUUCUGAAAUCAUUGAAGGAUUAUCGGAAUCUGACAAAAAGGAUUGGGCUGCAGCAUUGAAAGAGGAUGGUAAUGGGUUUUUCAAGGAAAAGAAGUACACAGAGGCUAUUGCCUUUUACACUGGUGCUUUGGAAUUGAAAAUUGAUCCUGUUUUCUAUUCAAAUAGAUCUGCUUGUUAUUCUGCUUUAAGUGAUCAUGAAAAUGUCAUUAAGGAUACUACUGAAGCUAUAAAACUUAAGCCUGAUUACACCAAAUGCCUUUUACGUCGUGCUACUUCCUAUGAAAUAUUGGAAAACUAUCCUGAAGCUAUGUUUGAUUUAACCAAAUUGACUGUUUAUGGUGGAUUUUCAAACAAGUCAGUGGAACAAGUAUUGGAAAGAGUAUUAAAAAAGCAUUCUAUGAAGAUUGUUGAAGAAAAUAUGAAGAAUGUCACUUUGGAAUUACCAUCAGCUUCCACCAUGAGCUCAUUCUUUAGUGCCUUUGUUUCUGAAUAUACCCCUGAAGGAAUCAAUGAAGAAUCUGAAGGUGCUGAUAAGUUUUUGUUUGAUGCUUUGGCCCAAGUUUACACAGAUACUGUUGAAGGCUAUGAAGAAGGUAACAAGUUAUUCAACAAGGCAGUUGAAGCUUAUAAUGUUGAAGAAUUAACUAAGGAAUCUCCAGAAGCUUCUAAGGCUGCUAUUGCUUUGGAAUAUAGGGCUACUUUUAACUUUUUGAAAAAUGAUUCUGCUAGUGCCACUGUUGAUAUUGAAAGAGCUAUUACCUUGAAGGCAAGAGCUAGAACUUAUGUCCUUAGAGCAUUAUUGAAUGCUGAUAAAUCUUCUUAUGCUGAUGCUAUGGGAGAUUUUGAAACUGCUCAAAAGAUAGAUGCUGAAUCUCCUGAUAUUUAUUACCACUUGGGUCAAUUAUAUUAUUUAACUGGAGAAUUAGAAAAGGCAAAGACCAAUUUCCUUAAAGCUAAGGAAUUGAAUCCUCAAAAUGUUUAUGCUUAUGUUCAAUUGGCAUGUAUUACUUACAGAUCUGGUAAGUUUGAAGAUGCAGAAGAAGAAUUUGCUACUGCCAAGCUUAAGUUUGCUACAUCUCCCGUUAUCCCCAAUUACUUUGGUGAAAUCUUAACUGAUCAUGGUGAUAUUAAGGGAGCUUAUAAGCAAUUUGAUACUGCUGCUAGAUUACAACAAGUAUUACCCACUUAUACUGUUGGAGCUUUACCAUUGAUCAACAAGGCAAGUUUAUUGGUCAAAGAAUCACCCGAUAAAUUAAAUGAAGCUGGUGCUUUAUUGGAACAAGCUUGUGACUUAGAUGCCAAGUCCGAAUUGGCCAAGAUCUCAUUGGCUCAAAUCAAAUUACAAAAUGAAGACGUUGAUGCUGCUAUUCCCUUGUUUGAACAAGCCAGUAAAUUGGCAAGAACUUUUGAAGAAAAGGUUCAAGCCACUUCGUUUGCUGAAGCCACAAAAAUGCAAAAGAGAAUUAAAGCUGAUCCAGAAAUCAGCAAAAAAAUGGAAGAAUUAAUGCGUCAAAAUGGCCUUGCUUAA